CUGGCCCCGCCCCUAAGUGACGCAUGCGUGGAGAAUACACGCUGCGCAGCAAAGUCCUCCUUUACUCCACAUACACUUCUAAGCCUUCGGCACAUCUACUAACUAAACUUUAUUCAUCCUCCGUGUCAGCAUCAACUCCACUCGUCUCAGUCAACUAUGGAGAUUAUGAGGCCCGCUUAGCUUGCUCGUUGUUUUAGCGCGCUAGUUAGCUUAGCAUGCUAGUUAGCUAAGCUUGUUAGCUGCUAACAAAGAGACGCGGAUUUGAUCAACACAUCCCUUAGUUAAGAUCAAAUGUGAGUGUAAAGUGUUGUGAUUGUGUGAAAAUGUGCGAAAGAACGAUAGCAGAGUACGAGGACGACGUUUGUCCAACAAAAGAGGAGAAGGAGCGACAACGUCAACUACUGGACGCUGUUUUCAAGAAACCUCAAGUUGUGUUACACAGAACAGAUGUUUGUGAGGAACAUCUCCCUGAGCAACAGAAGUGGAGCUUCAGGAUGGAGCCCCAGCCCUCCCACAUUGAAAAAGAAGAGGAACACCCACUGAUCCUCCAUUUUAAAGAGGAGGGGGAGGAUGACUCACUGACCAGAGACAUCAAAGAGGAAGAGGAGGACCCACUCAACCCCCAUUUCAAAAAGGAAGGGGAGGACCCACCGACACACCAUGUUAAAGAGGAAGAAAGGGGCCCACUGUCACCCCAUUUUAAAGAGGAAGCGGUGGAUCCACUGAGCCCUCACAUUAAGGAGGAAGAGGAGGACCCACUGAGGCCUCACAUUAAAGAGGAAGAAGAGGACCCACUGACCCCUCUCAUUAAAGAGGAAGACCUACUGACCCCUAACUUUAAAGUGGAAGAGGAGGAACACAGCAUCAGUAAGGAGGGAGAGCAUGUUGAAGGACUUGUGGAGUUCCCAGUGACUGGUGUCCCUGUGAAGAGUGAAGAUGAUGAGGUCAAAGGUGAAAGUGAGGAGAAUAGAGAGGCGGAGCCUCCAAGCAGCAGCUCAACACAACACAUGACAACAGAAGCUGAUGGAGACCACUGUGGAGGAUCACAAGCAGACAAGCUCUUAGCUCCACUAUCAGAUAGUGAGGACACAACGUCACACUCUCCUGACACUGAAGAUGAAGACUCUAAAGAUGAUAAGACAUGUCACACUGACAACACUCACUUCACAUGUUCUCUCUGUCACAAAACCUUUAAAUACCAUUGUCGUCUAAAAACACACACGAGAAGACACACCGGAGAAAAACCUUUUAUAUGUUCAAUAUGUGGUCAAGGUUUUGUUCUAAGUAAAUAUUUAAAAGAACACAUGAGAACACACACUGGUGAAAAACCCUUUGUCUGUUCAAUCUGUGGUAAAGGUUUUGCACAAAGUAACAAUUUGAAAGUACACAUGAGAACACACACAGGAGAAAAACCUUUUUCCUGCUCAGAAUGUGGUAAAGGUUUUACACACAAUCAACGUUUAAAAGUACACAUGAGAACACACACUGGAGAAAAUCAUUUUUCCUGUUCAACCUGUGGUAAAGGUUUUACAGAAAGUCAACAUUUGAAAAGACACAUGAGAACACACACUGGAGAAAAACCUUUUUCCUGCUCAGAAUGUGGUAAAGGUUUUACACACAAUCAAUGUUUGAAAGUACACAUGAGAACACACACUGGAGAUAAUCCUUUUUCAUGUUUAACCUGUGGUAAAGGUUUUACACAAAGUCAACAUUUGAAAAGACACAUGAGAACACACACUGGAGAAAAACCUUUUUCCUAUUCAAUCUGUGGUAAAAGUUCUACAGACAAUUAAAGUUUGAAAAGACACAUGAGAACACACACUGGUGAAAACUCACAUUCCUGUUCAAUCUGCAACAGAAGCUUUAGUGACCGAUCAAACCUUGUAAGGCACAUGAAAAGACACCCAGGAGAGAAAGUGUUGAGUUGCAGUGUGUGUGGUGAAAGAUUCUCUUCUAAGUACCAGUGUAAGAAACACAAGUGUGCUGGUGAGAACAGCAGCAGCAAAUGAAACUGCAGGAUUUGAAAUAAACGGUCAAGACUUUCAUUUUGACUUUUUAACAACAUCAGCACAUAUAACAUGUGUGACAUUGUUGUUUGUGUAACAAUCUUUUUAAUAUGCUUCUACAUUUAUAGAUUGGGUAGUUUGAAAUAUUGAAGUAUUACAUAUCUGUAUUUCUAAUUGCUAAUAAUCCCAUGGAUUAGCACCUUUAUAUGAUAUACAUAUUUACUGGUUCACAUCUGAAACAUCUUCUGGACCACUUCAGGAAGCAUAUUAUUAUUUACUUUAUACAUCAUUUGAACAGUUGUCUUUUAUACAAUUUUAAAAUGUGUAAUUUUAUUAAUCAUUUGAUGGGUCUCUAUAAUCCAUUUUAUUAAUAUUUUUUAUUACUCUCUUUUGUAAUAUGAUGAUUGUGUUGUGAUUGUUUUAUAUGUAUGUCUCCAGAACUUUAUGCAAUAUAAAAGUGAGACACAAUGGCUGUGUUGUUUGUGUAAGGAUGGUUUUGUUUUUACAAACUUACAUUUGUGGAUAAAAAAAGAUCCCCAUUGUUGUGUUUCAAAAGAAAAAUAUGUUUAUUUUUUAUUUUUUAACAUCUCCAAAACAAUAUCAAUCAACGUUUGGAGUGUCAGACAAAAGCCAAUAUUGUACAUCAUCCCACAGAGAUUUACUUUGCAUACAUUCAUAAAAUAAACGGUUUAUUGUGUUUCCCUAUCACACAACAAACAAGUGUUGUCUUCAAUUGCAAAACAUCUUAAAAAUGAUUUUAAGUUGUCAAGUGGGGGCUUUUUUUUCUUAAAUUAACUCCUUUGCAUUUGGAAGAAUGGAAAUUUUAACAUUUUGAGUAUUUUUGUGUUCCAGAACAAAUACAGUAAAGAAGACAUGUAAAGAAUUAAAAACAAAAGAUGAUAUACUGUAAUACAAAUAUUUUGAAUGAAAGCCUCUUUAAAUGUUGUAAU